AGUACUACUUCCGAGUUCAUGUCAACACGAAAGCAGCUGUCGUGAGCAACCAGUGUUCGCGUUUCGCGUUGUAGGUUGGACAAGAAAGGUAACCGUUGAAUGUAUCCCGCACGGAUUAUUGAAGUUUGACUUUGAGCGUGGACUCAGCGGAUAAAGGAAACUCUUUUAGAUGAAAAAAUGAGAGCUGUAUAAGUUUGCCUUUGUUUUUCCAAAGUUUUGCAUAGCACACAACUUCGCAAGUAUAAUCGAUCCUAGUUGAAAGCAUGCGGACGUUCUACUUACUGGUCGCAGUACUUCUCUACAGUCAGUAUGAGAAGAGUGAAGCCAAUAUGUUCUGUAUAAGGAAUUCAACAAACUGCCCAGAAAUUGAAGAAUGGCGAGAUGAGUUGAGGAACUUCACUAAUGAUGUAUGGUUAGGGUCAUUCCCGGCCUUCCCAGGGGAUCUUAUCUUCAAUAACCAGACUUUACAGGAGUAUGGUUUAAUAACACGUAAUAUUGAUAUAAAAUUAAAAAAUGCGGAGUUAGAAAAUUUUACCAUCACAUUAAAUGCAACCCUUUGGCCUCAAGAUGAGCACAGUUCAAGUUUACCCCCUGUUAUUACUACCAAACCUACUGUAAUUAUAUCAAGCACUGGAGGUGAUGAUAAUGGGAAAAUGACUACAGUGGCCGUUUCCCAUGCUGACAGUAGCAAUAAGGCAAAUACCAUUUGGACAUUAUCCCCAGAUGCUACAACAAUGGCAGCAACAUCAACAGGCGCAAUGAGUUCUGAUCAGACAUCUGCCUCGGUUGCUGCCUCAACUACUGGGGCAAACUCUGGGAUGCUUGGAUUGGGCCUUGGAAUAGGAGCUUCAUUACUUAUACUUAUCCUUGUAGCAGUUGUGUUAUUCAUAGUAUGCAGACGUACAAGAAAAAAUAAGGAAAGCUUAGGUGUAGCUGAGACAACUGUGGAAGGGAACAAUUCAACCUUUAAAUCGCUCCCUGCAGAUGGCACCUUGGGUGUGGUCCCCCCUCAUGUGCAGGCCAGCCCCAGGAUGAAGUACAAGGCUCUCUCAGAGAGGAGCACCUCUAGUGAAAGCUUUCCAGUUCAGAUCAGUGAGGGUGGCAAGUACCGCCAGCUAUCUGAGAGGAGCGCUUGCAGUGAACCCAGAGUUCGCCCCACAGUACCUGUGGAGCCACCUCCUGGCCAACCAGAAAUCGAGGAUGAGGAAGUAUUUACUUCUAUUCCUGAAGAAAGCGAACCUGUGGCACCCAUCCUAAUUCAACCUGGAAAGGAAAAGCUCCCAGAAUAUAGCAAUUAUAACACAGACGAAGUUGACGCAAGUAAGCUCCCUCCCCCACCGCUAGAGCUCUUGGAGGCACCUCUCUAUGAUAAUCUGGGAGGUCGGGACCCACCUAAAAGUAUUUCAGAUGGUGCUAUUUGUAAUGGACAAAGUAUGUCUGCUGUAAAGAACAGUAAAAGUGACAGUGAUACAUUAUCAAAAAAAAGCGAAAUGGUUUUCAUUAAUCCAAGUUUCAAUAAUGAUGAGACCAGCAGCAAUUACAACCCCGAAAGUGAGGAGAAUACAAACAACAGUAACUACUAUACACUCCAAAGCCAUCGUCCAAAGAAACAUAUAAAGCCUAGGGUAUCCAUUCCUCGCAGUCAAAGUUUCAAGCCUCCAGUGAGUCCAAAGCCACAGUGGUUAUCAAGGCCAGCAGUCAGUGGCGAUGGUUCAAAUGGUUGUGAGCCCAGUAUGGAAGUAGGCCGACCAGUGUGGCAGCUUGUAGACCAGUAUGAGCAGAACAGCAUGAGCUUGCCCAGGAAAUGGCAUCCAAGGGACCAGCAAGCCAUUCCCAGGAGCAAGACUUUUGAUCAGCCAAACAAAGGCAAGAAUGGUUACCAUGACAACAGUGAAGGCGUCCUGCCUUUAAGUCACAGUCAUCCACUGACAUUAGACGCCUAUAAUGAUCUCCCUGCUAAUGGUUUUUACGGCAGCACAUGGGACAGAGAUGGAACUGAGAAUGGAAAUUAUGAUAACAUUUUGUAUGCCACCCUCCCCAAACAUGGCUACGAAGAGACAACUACGGCUUUUUAGGUGUAGAAGUGUUCUGUGCUUCGUUUGUUCUCAGAAGCUAUGCAUAAGAUGAUGCAUUGUAAACAGUAUUUAGUUUGCUAUUUGAAGUUUGAAAAAAAAUGCACCGCUAUUAUUGCUCUUUUAUUUUUUUCACUUCAUUUCUUGAAUGGGUGCACUCUGGUGACAGCAAGUAAAGCAAAGAACAAAGAAAAUGAUUGUGUUCAUUUAUUAAUUUUUGUAUUUUCAGUUUAAGAAUUGUGUAAUUUACACCAGUGGUAUUUUAGUUUGUCAAUAACCUAAGGUAAUUACUUUUGUUCUUUGCUAAUACAUUUUGCUAAUAGUCAAAAUCUUUUAACACUGGAUGAAAAAAUAUAUUUUUUAAAAUGAUAAUUAUUUUAUUUUAGGAUCAAAGAAAUCCAUAUUUAUGACUAAUGGAGAUUUAAAGAAACUAAAUUGUCCCUAUUCUUUAUAUUAAUAUUCUUGUGAUU